AUGGGGGCCCGACAGCGAGCUUUUGCUCGAAAGAGCAAGAGACCCAACCCUUCCAAUCGACCCCCUCCAUCCAACGAUUGGCAAGACUUUUCUGAUCCAAAACCUCGUGGUGGAUUUAGCAUGUCCCAAGAAGCCCGCAACACCGAACGUCAUGCUGGUUGGGGUAACACAAAACUCAGAGAUCAAAGAGUCCUCUUUGUCAGUGCAGGCAAUUUGACUCGGCAGGAGGCCGAGGUAGAGGUAGAAGAAACUAUAGGCAAAGAAAUAGAUGAUCGAGAUAAAGUUGCAGUGCAGAACAUCCCAGACGACAAGGAAGACACGGCCGAAAUCGUCAAACGUUUAGGAUUGGCUGCACUCUCGGACCGUGUCGACGAACCUGAACAGUCUACACAAGAACCAACGAAACACAGAGAGUCAUUCUCGUCAGAGGUGUCAGAAGAGAUUGUAUUCGCUGGUCGGCUGAAGUCCACCUUGACUCCCGUGACCGGCUCAAAACCCUCGUCACGACCAAGCCACUCUCCUCUUCCGAAAUCAGAGUGUAAAGUUGCAGACACCACACCGUCUAGUCCCCCAGUCGUGAGGGCUGCCUCGCCGUCAGUACCAGUGAAGAAACACGCAUAUCCAAGACGUGCAGUCGACCGAAGAGGUAGGCCGAAAAUUCGGAAGCCCAUCUCCGACAGUGACGAAGCCAUCAUGCAAGACUACAUCGCAAACAUGGCUGUCGACGAUGACGAUGACGAUGAUGGAGAUGACCACGGUGCGAAGUCCGGUCCUGCAGCUGGGGUCAAGGAACAUUUCAGGUUCUAUGAUGGUUCUGCAGAAACACAUGUCAAGGUGCAAACGAAGUUACGAGAUCCCAACACCCGUCCAUUUCUCGGUAUUGAUCAAGCUAUCGAUUGGGAUUCAGCUGAUCUUGGUGAUUUCGAUGAUCUACCCACCACAGAUGAUGAUGUGGACGAGAUCUCCCAGGUUUUACGACACAGAGACCGCCCAACUGGUCAACAGUAUCUUGUUACUGCAAUCGGUCAGACCGCAAGUGAUGCGAAAUGGGUUUCACGCCAGAGGCUGAUUUCUCAGACAGCCAGAUCUGAAAUCCGUAUCUACGAAGAAAUACGUGCUAUGAAGGUACAAGAAACCAGUGGCGAUACUGAUGUUGACGAAGUGGACGAAGAAAGUACGGACGAUGGCCUUGAGGAUCUGAUUGAUGAUAUCGAGUCAGAGGACGCCGAGAAUGAGCGUAUCUUGAAACACACGGCUCGUAUGACAGAUGAACAGAUUGCUCGUGCGCUGGCUAAACAAGAAGAGCUCGGCAUCGGCGGAGAUGAACUCUUGCUGUUUGAUGAUCAGAUUGACGGUGCUGGCGAUGACGACGAGUUCCUUAGCAAGGCAGAUUUCAUUCCGUUCUCAACCAAGAAGCAUGUCUCGAGCCGGGUCAAAUCCAAACGCAAUAGGCGGACUCGUGACAGCUUUCCACCUGCUGAGGCCUUCGCUGAUGCACUGGAACAAGAUCCAUAUGGCGCAUUCGACAUUAUGGAUUUCGAUCGUCCCAGUCUCCGACCUAAGAGGAAGGGGCGCAACAUGAAAGAUCUACCAUUCGAGCUAGGUGUGGAUGAUCCAGAGCUUGCCGCGCAGUUGCAGAAUGCCUGGAGCAACGACCGCGAGAAGAAAGCUGCCCGAAAGCGCGAGCGUGAGGUUCUUUUCCUUGAGGCAGCAGAACGCAGCAACCCUAGUGCAAUCAAGGCUGAAAUCAGACAGUUUCUAGCACAGGAAGUCGACACUUUGAGACUGGCCCCAAUGGAUUCUACCUUGCGAGCUUCCGUCCAUCGCUUGGCAAAGGCGCUCAAGUUACACUCUCGCUCGGAGGGCAAAGAAGCAACCGGUCGAUUUCCGGUCCUAACAAAGACAACCCACACACCAGUGUACACAAUUGAUACUGUUUGGGAAGUGGAUGCGUUGAUGAACACCAGAAAGUACUUUCCGAGGCAAGGCGGCGGUCGAACUUUCACUUCUGUGAAGGUGCGGAGAGGAGGUGGUGGAGGUGUCAUGUCUGGUGCAACAUACAUGAAUGGUGACAUUGUUGGUGCAUCUGCUCCAGAAAUCGGCACGGACAACAAAGGCCGGGCUAUGCUAGAGAGGAUGGGCUGGUCGAGUGGUAUGGGAAUUGGUGCGACUAAUCAAGGAGGUGUUGAUGUUAUCAAGCACGUUGUCAAGACCACCAAAGCUGGUCUGGGUUGA